UUGAUACGUAUCCGAUAUGGUCACGAUAUACGUCAAGGGGUAAAAACGAAAAUAUUUUGAAAGUUAUUGUAUAUUUGGGGUUAAAAUGUAAACAUAAAACUUAGAAAGUGGCAACCAAAAAAGAAGAAAAAAGACAAAGAAAGUGGCGUUUGUUCACAGAAGUUGUCGUUUCAUUGAGCUGUGCCUCUCUCUCCCCCUCCCUCAUGUGGGCAUCAUAAUUACGAUAUUGCCCCUUCAUUUUCAACCUGCAGUUACAGUUUUUCCUCGGCUCCCUCUAACUUCAACUCUCUGUUGCAAUGCUUAAGCUACUCCCAUGGCGCUCCUCACCUCACAAAACCCUAACCCUCGACCCGACCAAACCCCUUCUCUCCCUCUCUCGCUUUCUCAGCCAUUCUCUCUCCGAAGACCAAUAUGAAGACGACCCUCCUUUCUCUCCAGUUUCCAAACCCCCAAAGCCCAAGAAGAACAAGACACAGAAUAAAGAUCCAGAUUCGAAGAAUGGCCGGACCGAGCCUCUCAAAUCGGACCUACCCUUCGACUUCAGCUACUCGUACUCAGAAACAAACCCGAAGGUCGAACCUAUUGCGUUCCGGGAGUCGCCGAAGUUCUCUCCUUUUGGGCCAGGUCGGCUUGAUAGGAAAUGGACCGGCACUGUUGCCCCGACCCAACAAGAAGUGGACUUGGACCGGGUCGCGGAGGAGAGGAAACGGGUUCUUGGAGACCCACUAACGGAGGAGGAAGUGGCUAAGCUAGUGGAACGGUACCGUCAUAGUGAUUGUGCUCGGCAAAUCAACAUGGGAAAGGGAGGAGUUACUCAUAACAUGUUAGAUGAUAUCCACAACCAUUGGAAGCGGGCAGAAGCUGUGAGGAUCAAGUGUUUGGGAGUGCCAACUCUUGACAUGGACAAUGUUUGCUUCCACCUUGAGGACAAGUCUGGUGGGAAGAUUGUCUACCAGCACAUUAAUGUCCUUAUUUUAUACCGGGGUCGAAACUAUGAUCAGAAGAAUCGACCCGUAAUACCUGUAAUGCUCUGGAAACCGUACACUCCGAUAUAUCCAAAGCUUGUGAAGAAUGUUGCUGAUGGCUUGACAUUUGAAGAAACGAAGGAAUUAAGAAACAGAGGACUAAAUUCCCCACCUGUUAUGAAACUUACUAGAAAUGGUGUGUAUGUGAAUGUUGUGGAUAGAGUCAGGGAGGCUUUUGAGACCGAGGAGGUAGUGAGACUAGACUGCACACAUGUUGGUACCAGUGAUUGCAAAAGGAUAGGCGUGAAAUUAAGGGAUCUGGUACCUUGCAUCCCUCUUUUGUUCAAGGAUGAACAGAUUGUACUCUGGAGGGGAAAGAGAGAUCAAGAACAAGACUCCAAGUGCAGGGAUAGAAGUGAAAAGUUUGCAGAUGCUUAAGUGUGGUCAGGAACAGUGUAACUAGGAGGAGAAAUUGCGGUGGAAAAAGUAAUAGUAGUUGGAAAUCAAAUGUUUUCUUUGGCACACAACAUUGGAAGGUAAAGUUCCAAAUGUAGUGUUUUGGUAGUGUAGCUUGUCAAAUUUAGCAUUGGCAUAUCAGUUAGCUCUUGCAGAUUGCUAAUCACUCAUCUCAUCCAAGUCACACAGGUCCGGUGCUCACCAAUUCAGGUCAUAGUCUUACUGAUGCAGGACGCUACAUCACUUACUGCCAAUGGUUUAAGUAGUCUUCUCCAACACCCAGCAAGCUACAAAAGAGGAACUCUAUUGAAGAUGAUCGGGUGCGCUUGGAUAUGUGGGAGGAAUGAUACCAUAUUAUGUUCUCUGCAUGUGUUGCCACUAGACCGAAGAAGUUGGUAAAAUCAAAUGAGGCAGUGCCAUUUCAUAUCUAACAGAUCUCAUGAGGACGUUCUUAAUGUACAAGGCCAUUAUGCUGCAUCAAAAUGGGAGAAGAAUUGCAGAAAGCACUUGGGAGACCAUAAUUUCCCACCUUUUGGUUCUUGUUAACUUUCAAGUUUCAACUGUAAUCUCUUUGCGCAUGCGUGUGACACCUCUGUAAUCUAAUGUGAAUGUAUUCUUUUUGGAAUAAACUCAAAAAUGAUUCCUUUUGUGAAUUUUGCUUUUUUAAGUGUUGCCGUACAAUUUUUUCAAAGCAAUUCUUGAGGCCACACCUCACUAUGCACCUAGGGUUUUUUUUUUCUUUCCUUUUUCUGGAAAUGAUCUUUGUAUAUUUGUUUGUACAGAUAAAUACUUCGUAUUGCACCAUGGAAUUGUUUUAGAACCAAAA